GUUGCCUCCUUCCUCUCGGGACUGGCUCCGCCAUAUUGCGGCUGAGGAGAGAGGCCCUGUGCGUUGCGCUCCCAGGGUCUGGCUGGACCCAGCGGCCCCCACGGUUUCACCUUUAAACUAAAAUGAGUGGCUGUCGUGUCUUCGUUGGACGUUUGAGCCCACAUGCCCGGGAGCGGGAUGUGGAGAAGUUCUUCAAAGGAUAUGGACAUAUACGUGAAAUCAAUCUGAAAAAUGGUUUUGGGUUUGUGGAGUUUGAAGACCACAGAGAUGCUGAUGAUGCAGUUUAUGAACUGAAUGGUAAAGAACUGUGCAAUGAAAGGGUUACAAUUGAACAUGCCAGGGCACGAAGAGGGGGAGGCAGAGGCAGAUUUCCACAACGGUUCAAUUAUUACCAGUCACGUAGCAGUGGACCUAGCUGGUAUGGACCUCCUGUUCGUACUGAACACAGAAUUAUAGUUGAAAACCUUUCUUCACGGAUCAGCUGGCAGGACUUGAAAGAUGUCAUGAGAAAGGCAGGAGAGGUGACCUAUGUGGAUGCGCACAGAAACAACAGGAAUGAAGGUGUUGUGGAGUUUGCAUCAUAUGAUGAUAUGAAGAGUGCAUUGGACAAGUUGGAUGGCACUGAGCUCAAUGGGCGCAAAAUUAAAUUAGUUGAAGAUCGCAAAUCACACAGAAGCAGGUCUCGUUCAAGAAGCUACUCAAGAUCUCGCAGCAAAUCCAAGUCUGCAAGAUCUUCCAGAUCAACCAGUAGGUCUCGCUCUCGCAGUCGUACGCCUGACAAAAAAUACUCUCAGAAGAGCCACCACUCCAGCGUGCAGCCUUCUUCUCCAUCUCCCCGUUCCUCCAAGAAAAAAUCUCGUUCUCGGUCUAGCUCUGCUGAGAGCCGUAGUUAGUGUAUUCCAAAAGAUGUGCCAGUGUGUUUAAUUUCUGAGUCAUAUUUCCCUAAAAGCUUGAGACAAAUUACAAACUGGGGGGUGGGGGGGAAAGAGUUAACAUGAUGAGGGGCUAAGCACCUUUUUCAUUACAAAAUGCAUGUCCUCAAAUAGGCUGCAGCACAUAGAACAGGCUUUCUCUGUGUGUCUGUGAGGAGUGAAGUUGUAUGAGGGGAGGUGGUGGGGGCGUUGCCAAUUAAUACAAUAUUUUGUUUUGUCAGUAAAUAAUAUUUCUCACCUAGUUGCACCAUAUACACAUAAUGUUAGGUUUCAGGUGGAGGCCAUACAUUGCAUUUUUUUUCAGAACAGCAUAUUUGUAUUAGCUUUUGUUGAUACUGAAUCCAUAGAACCUGAAGUGUAGAUUUUAUUCAUUAGUCAGACUCCUAUGGCUGUAUUUCUUUUUUGUAAGUAGAUAACUGAAUUCUUUUAGUGGCUUAAUAUUUGGUUCACCCCCGUUGCUGGGCUGAACUGGCUAUUAAAUUCCAUCUUUAAGAGAUCUCAGAUAACAUUCGCAGUAUAUAGGUGUCCUUUAGUACUUGUCAGCAUAUUACUUGCCUGUUUAGGUAGUGAGUGAAUCAAUAUGUUUACCCCUUGAUGAAGGAGUCAGAAUUUCCUGUUACAGUGGGACAUACUAUGACCAGAUGACAAAGGAUUAUCAGGAUUUUCUUCCAGUUAGUGAGACUUUCAGUAGGAUGGUAUGGGAAAGAGUGAGGAGGCCCUCAUUUGACAAAUGAAUCCAUUAGAAAUUGCAUCAGAUACACAAGUCUCUCUAUGUAUUUCCCGGGUUUUAAUAUGUUUAUAAAGGCAGCAUAGCUUUCAUAUUCACAACAAGAAUAUGA